AACGUAUUUCGAGGUUGGAAAAAGGAAUGAUAAAUAUUCAAGAGCAAGUGAAAAUCGGCUUUAAUCAUCUUUCAAGCAAAAUCCGCUCUCUAGGUUCUUCUAAAUCGAAACAGAAAUCAAUCGAACAUCAUCAAAAAUCAAUCAAAAUCGACGAUUUAAUCGAUUUAUCUGAUGAAAUUGAUGAUUAUGAAGUAGAUACUGAACAAGAAGAAAUUGAGAAAAUUAGUCCUGUAUAUGAAAAUUCUUUUUCAGAAGGAGAAAGAGAAUAUAAGGAUAGUAAAUUGCAAGAGAAGACACAGAAACAACUUGUUAAAAAGAAACGAAAAGAAAUCAGGGUUAAUUCUAUUAAUACGUUAUUAUGCUUACAUAAACUUCGUUUAUAA